AUGGUUAAGAACGUUUUGUUGCUAGGAUCUGGGUUUGUUGCCCAACCGGUUGUCGAUGUCUUGGCUGCCACCGAGGGUAUCAAUGUUACUGUUGCAUGCAGAACUUUGGCCAAGGCGCAGGAGCUGGCUUCUGCGUCCAAAUCGGCUGCCAUGUCUGUGGAUGUGUCCAACGAAGAAGAGCUAGAUGCUGCUUUGUCGAAACACGACCUCGUCAUCUCGUUGAUUCCUUACAUUUACCACGCUGACGUCGUCAAGAGUGCGAUUAGACUCAAAAAAGACGUGGUUACCACCUCGUACGUGUCUCCAGCCCUAAAGGAAUUGGAGCCUGAGAUCAAGAAAGCCGGUAUCACUGUCAUGAACGAAAUCGGUUUGGACCCAGGUAUCGACCAUCUGUACGCCAUCAAGACCAUCGACGAAGUCCACAAAGCUGGUGGUAAGAUCAAGUCGUUCUUGUCCUACUGUGGUGGUUUGCCAGCACCCGAAAACUCUGACAAUCCUUUGGGAUACAAGUUUUCGUGGUCGUCCAGAGGUGUGCUUUUGGCUCUAAGAAACCAGGCCAAGUUCUGGAAGGACGGCAAGGUCGAAGAGGUUUCUUCGGAAGACUUGAUGGCUUCUGCUAAACCAUACUUUAUCUUCCCGGGAUUUGCCCUUGUGUGCUACCCUAACAGAGACUCCACUCCUUUCAAGGAGCUUUACGAGAUCCCAGAAGCCGAAACUGUUAUCAGAGGCACUUUGAGAUUCCAGGGCUUCCCUGAGUUCGUCAAAGUUCUUGUCGACGUGGGUAUGCUAAAGGACGAGACAAGCGAAAUCUUCCAAAAGCCAAUUGCCUGGAACGAAGCUUUGUGCCAAUACUGGGGUAGCAAGUCUGCUUCCAAGGGAGACCUAAUAGCCUCCAUCGACGCCAAGACCAAAUGGGUAACCGAGGAAGACAGAGAGAGAAUUCUCAACGGUUUCGGCUGGUUGGGUCUUUUCUCGGACAACAAGAUCAAUCCAAAGGGCAACGCCUUGGACACUCUUUGCGCUACUCUAGAGGAGUUGAUGCAAUUUGAGGAAGGCGAGCGUGACAUGAUCAUCCUCCAGCACAAAUUCGGUAUUGAGUGGGCUGAUGGUGCCACCGAAACUAGAACUUCCACCUUGGUAGCCUACGGCCAGCCUGACGGUUACAGUGCCAUGGCUGCCACCGUCGGCUUGCCUUGUGCGAUUGCCACGAAGCAAGUUCUAAGCGGCGCUAUCAAGGGCCCUGGUUUGGUCGUUCCAUACACUCCUGAGAUCAACGAUCCUAUCAUGAAGGAGUUGAAGGAGAAGUACGGAAUCUUCCUAACGGAAAAGACCAUAAACUAA